UCAUCUCCGGUAUGCUGUACUUGUACUGCUGAGUGCGUGCUUGCUGGUGGAUGCGGACACAUUUGCAGUUUGGAUGCACUAACGACGAAGAUGAGCGGACACAUGGGCGACCUAUCCAACGAGCAGGAGUUGUCUCUGAAGAAGUUCAGGGAGUGCGUAACUGAUAUUCUCAAACCAGAACACGAUGAUUUCUAUCUUCUGCGUUGGUUACGAGCCAGGAAGUUUGAUUUGUCCAAGUCUGAACAGAUGCUACGUCGUCACAUGGAGUGUCGAGCUGAAUGGGAAUUGGACACAGCAAGGGAGUGGGAACCGCCGGAAGUGCUAAGACUCUAUCAGCCUGGAGAGUUUUUUGGUGAAGACAGAGACGGAGACUUAGUAUACUAUGACGUCACAGGAAAUAUGGACUUCAAAGGCCUGUUGAAGUCUGCAAGAAAAUAUGAUAUUAUGAAGAAAGCGUUAAGGAAUGGAGAAAUCUGUACGAAACUUUUGGCAGAGCAGUCAAAAAAGCAUGGCAACCGUGUAGAUCUCGUUACAGUAGUCAUGGAUCUAGGAGGCAUUGGAUGGCAUAAUCUUUGGAAGCCUGCAUUGGACCUCUUUAUUGAGAUGGCUAGAUUUUCGGAGCAGAAUUAUCCAGAACGGCUUAAAGCCUCAUAUGUGAUAAAUGCUCCUAAACUAAUGGCUGUCUUGUAUGGUAUGGUGCAACCAUUUUUGGCUGAAGAAACCAGAACAAAGAUUCAUAUAUUAGGAAGAGAUUGGAGAGAUGUGCUGCUAAAACAUAUUCAUCCCGACAAGCUACCAGUGCAUUAUGGUGGCAAUGCUACCGGUCCUAAUGGUGACCCGACGUGUGGAAUAUGCCAAGGUGGUACUGUGCCAAAGCGGUACUAUCUGUCAGAAAUAGGCCAUUUUAGCAAAGACGAUCCACUUCGUAAAUCAGCAACCAUCAGUGCUGGUCACGCACUCGAUGUACCUGUUGAGGUUGCAGAAGCAGGCAGUGUGAUUUGGUGGGGUGUAAAGAGUGAGUCUCACGAUGUGAACGUUGGACUUACAUAUUACAAGACUUCGUCUGAACUUGAAAAUGAAAUGGAAUUGAUUAUGCCAGUUGAACGUGUUGAUUGCUCAUUGAUACCAGAAGAAAGUCACUAUGCUUGCAGUAAAAAGGGAACAUAUGUAUUGAAACUUGACAACUCACACAGCUUUAUGCGUUCCAAGAAGAUUGUAUAUUAUGUCUAUGUCUCCAAGCCCGAAGACUCCUCAAAUUAGAUAAUAGAUUGUUAGUGUUGAGAGAUUUAUAUAUGUAGAUGCUUCAUUAACUAAGCUAUUGUAAUUCCAAUGCGUUAGAAUUUACUAGGCGAUUAUAAGAACAAC